AUGAGAACCAAUGAAGCGUUCAUUGAUGAAAAGGAAAACAGCACUUGUUGCACACCAACUUGGUACCUAUGUCGCCACUGCUGUUGCAGAUAUGGCUGGUAUCCUCUAGCUGUGGCUCCUCUAGUUACUAUUGGGUGUCUCUUGUCCAUUUAUUCAUCAGCAGGAUGUGAUUUCAUUCGAGUCCAAGUUGGUUUUACCCCUUCCAACGAUGCUUGGAAUAAAAGCAUUGCUCAGUUUGGGAUUUUCAUGUACCAGAGUUUUGAAGAGGAUGAUAAUUUAUUGCAGGGUGCUUUCGUAGACGGUUGCCGAUGGUAUGAUGACAGCUUCACAAAUGAGUUCAUGGAGGAUGACCAAACAUGGCAUGUUACAACAAUCAUGGCAUAUAUUUCGGCUGCUGCCGGUGCAAUAGCAACUAUGACAGCGUGGUUGUUUGUUCUCACUCCCAUUCCAGUAUAUUUCUUCUGGCCGGGAUUCCUUUUGCCCGCAUUGAUGACAGCAUUCCUGACAGAAGGUUCAAAGUUCCUUAUCUUUGAUACAAAAGUAUGUAGAAGUACGGCUUGGUAUCCCAGUGGUUCCGAUUCCCUACCUCGAGUCGCUGAAGAAUGCGCGAUGGGGGCAACAGGUGCCUAUACGAUUGCAAGUGUUUCAAUAUUUUUCAUCUCUUUGAUCCUCGUCUGCCUAAGAGCACCGAAAUUGAGACCUCUAGAGUCAAAUUAUGGCACAGACUUUGAGGAUGAUUUUGAUGGACCGAGACAGCACGAACAGCUUGAUGCCGUCGAAGAAAACAAUAUAUACCCAGAGGCCGUUGAAGAAAAUCACAUAUCUGUUGUCAGCAGCAUGACCCAUCCUACUGUGCCAACUAUACGGUCUAUUCCUCAUCAUAUCGAAAGACAGCAGGCAUUCACUCCAAAUAGCAAGUCGACGAUCGAUGCAGACGAUUCUCAAUACUAUGACGACUCCUACGCAGGGGAUGGAGUUUUUGAUGACGGGUCUUCGUCUUGUCCUCACUUCCACAGCAAGCAAUAUUACGACGAGCAAAGUCUCAACGGUCGAUCUAUUGGUAGUGGGGCACGAAGUAUCACGCCAGUUGUGCCAGUAGUUUCAGAGAGUCGGCUUCGGACAAAGGAAAAGAUGCAAAGAAAUACAGAAGACAAUUCAACCGAAUUGAUUGAUAAGUUUGUUCGUGAACUGAAUGUACGCUUUGACGUCAGCACAUCAUAG